CCUAGUUGAAGGUGAAAAUCGCCGUUCCUACUCCAUCGCCAUCCUGUCACCGGCUGGCUGUGCAUCUGUCUUCGCUCACUGUUACCAUCUCAUUCGGAAAUACAAUCGGUCAUGUCGGUGUUCGCCGAGGUUCCGCAAGCCGUACCAGUGGCAGUCUUUAAACUGACCGCCGAUUUCCGAGAGGACAAGGACCCAAACAAGGUGAACCUUGGAGUGGGAGCGUACAGGACCGAUGAAGGCCAGCCAUGGGUGCUGCCGGUAGUGAAGAAGGUGGAGAGGAUGAUCGUGGAGGACGACAGCCUGAACCAUGAGUACCUGCCCAUCCUGGGACUGCCGGAGUUCCGAUCCAGCGCCUCCAAGAUCGCCCUGGGGGAGGACAGCCCCGCCAUCCAGGAGAACAGGGUCGGAGGCGUGCAGUGCCUGGGCGGGACCGGCGCUCUGAAGAUCGGGGCCGAGUUUCUGCGCCGCUGGUACAAUGGCAACAACAACACUGCAACCCCCGUCUACGUCUCCGCGCCAACCUGGGAGAACCACAAUGCUGUGUUUGGUGAUGCUGGAUUCAAGGACGUCCGUCCAUACAAGUACUGGGACGCUGAGAAGCGCGGGCUGGACCUUACCGGUUUCCUGGAUGACCUCGAGAGCGCCCCAGAGGGCUCCAUUUUCGUGCUGCACGCCUGCGCCCACAACCCCACCGGCACUGACCCGACGCAGCAAGAGUGGGUGCAGAUCGCUGAGGUCAUGAUGAGGAGGGGCCUCUUCCCGUUCUUCGACUCAGCCUAUCAGGGCUUCGCCUCGGGGAGCUUGGAGAAGGACGCCUGGGCUGUCCGCUACUUUGUGUCCCAGGGAUUUGAGAUGUUCUGUGCCCAGUCUUUCUCCAAGAACUUCGGCCUGUACAAUGAGAGGGUGGGGAACCUCACUAUUGUGGCCAAGGACAAUGAAAACCUGACCAGGAUCCUGUCCCAGAUGGAGAAGAUCGUCCGGACCACCUGGUCCAACCCCCCCUCCCAGGGAGCCCGUCUGGUUGCCAUCACGCUCAACACCCCUGGGCUCUUUGAGGAGUGGAAGGACAAUGUGAAGACCAUGGCGGACCGUGUGCUGCUGAUGAGGGCUCAGCUGAAAGCCAAGCUGCAGGCCCUGGGCACCCCGGGCACCUGGGACCACAUCACCGAGCAGAUUGGCAUGUUCAGCUUCACCGGCCUCAACCCCCAGCAAGUCCAGUACCUUGUGAAGGAGAAGCACAUCUACCUGAUGGCCAGUGGUCGCAUUAACAUGUGCGGCCUCACCACCAAGAACAUCGACUACGUUGCAGAGUCCAUCCAUGAGGCGGUCACCUCAGUCCAGUAGGGACCCCUGCCCACCACAAGCCCAGAAUUCCCACCCUAGCAGCAGUUAGUAGGAAGCCCAGCAGGGGUCGCUGUUAGGACUUCCACUUCCCCCAGUCCCUCAAGUUAUCAUCUCAUUCCUCUGGCACACGGGCAGAUGCCAGCAAGACAACUUAGCAUCAUCUCUAGAUAUGAAACAAUUCAAAUAGCACAUGAACACAGAAACAAACGCAUAACGGUUCAACAAAAAAUAUUUAUAUGCUCUGCUUUCAGUGGAGUCUUGUGGGUUUUUUUUCUUUUUUUGCACAGGCCUUUAAAAAUGGCCUUUAGACCUUUGUCAUAUAGCAAGUGACUGCUUUGUCAUGAGAUUUCAGUUGCAAGGUGAAUUCUCAUGGAGCCACAAAUCAAUGACUGUAUAUUUGUUUUAGAGAGUUCUGGCACUGCUGAAUUUAGAGAGCUGAGACACAAACAGGCACAAACAUUUUCAGAGUCAGAUUUUAUUUAUAACUCUUUCAGGCGCUUAAUAGUCAUUUUACCCUUAUAUUUUAGUGUAAUAUACAUGACAAAAAUACAUUUAUGGAAGUGAUGGUCAGUCACUAAGUCUUCCUUGCAUACACGGUUGGCAGCUACGUGUGUUGGCAUAUGAAAUGGCUGACAAGUCAACUGGAGUCACAGCAGACCACAUAGAGUAUAAUUGGCCAAAAUGGGGUAACGUAAUCCUGGGAAAUAACCUUAGACAGAGCAACCAGGAUGCUAUGUUUAUUUAUGGUUUAUAUAUUCCAUGUGUAUACGCUUGGGUGGUGGCCACAAUAGUGCGUUUGGUCUUCUCCCCCCUCAGUUCAGUGCUAAACAAAAAUGACUGUCCAGAUCUCCACAUCCACAUACUCCUUAUCAUGCAAUAAAGAUGACGUUUUGACUCCUACAACGCGACUGAAAACCUUGUAAUCAUGAAGGGAGAAAAGAAAUGUGUCAGCUAUUAUACAUGUGUUGAUGCAAAAGGAGAGGGCCGUGACAUUUCAUAUUGCAUGUUGCAGAACUCAGAUGGUGCAGGCAAUAAGGAAUGUCUGGCACCUCGUCCAGUAGAAAUUGCUGUUGAAACUUUUAGUCUUACCCACCAUGACGUGAAGGCUGAUCCUCUCAGGACGAAUUUGAUGAAGUUUGCUGUCGGUGACCACGUUCCUACGCGGCACGGUGGUCUGAUCCUGCAGCGCGGGGUCAGGGGAGCAUCGUAGCCGUUAGCGGCUGUUAGCAACUGUUAGAACGGACGCUGUCUUCGCUUUCAAGCACUUAACACGCACAAGGCUCCCGCGCCAGCUCAGCAGAGCGCACCGACGACACCAUUCCUUAAUUGUGUGACCACUGAUCGUUCCCUCUGCACUUGCCCCCCCCCCCCGUGUCUCAAUGCACUUUUAUGUGUUUGUGCAGACCUGUGUUUGACAUUGCAUUUGGUUUAUGUGUAUGAUGUGUGUCUACACACUGCAGUCACCUGACAUUUCAGUCUGCAAUAAU